AUGGCGACCAGGAGCCUGGCGCGGCGGCUCGGGCUGAUCCGGACCCGGGCCCGGGGCGCUGCGGGUGGGACGGCGGCGGGCGGCAGACGCGAGCAGCCCUUCGCCUACCUGAUGGUCCUGGACUUCGAGGCCACGUGCUGGGCGGGUGGGGAGCGCUCCCGGAGCCCCGAGAUCAUUGAAUUUCCAGCAGUGUUGAUGAGCACAUCUACUGGAGAGAUUGAAUCUGAGUUCCAUGCUUACGUUCAGCCUCAGGAACAUCCAAUUCUUUCUGACUUUUGCAUGGAGCUGACAGGCAUAAAGCAGGCUCAAGUUGAUGAAGGGGUCCCUCUGAAGAUUUGCUUAUCGCAGUUCUGUAAGUGGAUUCAGAAGAUUCAGCAACAGAAGAAAAUUACUUUUGCUACUGGAGUUUCAGAUCUACCUACCUCAGAAGUAAAAUUGUGUGCAUUUGUUACUUGGUCAGACUGGGACUUGGGUGUUUGCCUGGAGUAUGAGUGUAAAAGAAAACAGCUGUUUAAGCCUGUGUUCCUAAAUUCUUGGAUUGAUCUCAGAGUAACUUACAAGGUUUUCUAUAGGAGAAAACCGAAAGGACUGAGGGGCGCCUUGCAGGAGGUGGGGAUCAAAUUCUUGGGACGGGAACAUUCUGGAUUGGAUGAUUCUCGGAACACUGCACUUCUUGCUUGGAAAAUGAUCAAGGAUGGCUGCUUAAUGAAAAUUACCAGGUCCUUGAACAAGGUUCCCACUAAGAAGAAUCCCAACAUUUUGGGCAGAAAUUUGAAUACCAGUCAAGUUGAAGAAACAUCAGCCUGCAGCAAAAGCAGUCAGGGUCCCAGCACAUGUGAUAAGGAGCCUAAAAAUACAAUACUUUAUCAUGAAAACGUUCAAGUGAGGUCCGUUGGUAUGAAUUCCAUGAAAGUAAACCAAGAUGAGUUACAACCAAAGAGCAAUUUAAAAGUGGGUCUUCACAGCGUCAGAAACUGUUUCUCUCUCUCCACUCCUCAGUCCUCUACUUCUCUGGGGCAGCUGCAGCACCCUGGCGUCGGUGCGCCUGUGCAGAGGCAAAUAAAAGACGAUCACGGAUUUAAUUCCAGAUCAGGGGCUUCGGCAAUGGGUUCCAAUUUGGUGCUUGUUUCAACUACCAUUCCGUCUGUCAAUCAUGUUUCUGAUGUGGAGACGAGUUCUGCUCUUGACUGUUUGCCUAUGUUAACUGACUGGGAGGAUGUAGCUUUACUGCCAGCAUCUCAGCCUGAGCAAAAUAUAGAUUACAUGCCUCUCGUUAGUGACUCAAACUUAGCUAUUUCAUUAAAGUCUGGAGAAAGGUUAGUGGUUCUAAAAGAAUCGGAAUUGCUAAGUUAUGAGAACUUUGAAAGCACAGAAGAGACUCCUCAAAAAUCUGAGACCUCCAAGUCCGUUGUGUAUAAGAGUCCACAUACUACUAUUUAUAAUGUAAAAGAAGCCAAAGAUCCACUGUCAGAUGUUUCUAACUUUAAAUUACCUGAGUGCAAACGUUUGAACAGUGUUAAGGCCAGUAUGUCUUACCCUUCAGUUCUGGGGGAAUGUCUUUCAGGUGGUCCUAGAAGGAGUCCACCCAGCCCCCCGGGCUUCCCCCUCGCUACAAAGCAGCCCUUCCCCAUUCAUGAAGAAAAGCCCACGUCACGUGACGGCUCCCCUGCGAGCUCCCGGCGCCUCUCUGCCCUCACUCCCACGGUUAACCUCCAGGAGCCUUGGAAGAGGGGGAAGGUGACACCUCCGUUAUGCAAGUGUGGCCGGAGGUCUAAGAGACUCGUCGUUUCCAAUAAUGGACCCAACCAUGGGAAAGUCUUCUACUGUUGCCCUAUUGGGAAACACCAGGAAAACAGAAAACGUUGUGGUUAUUUCAAAUGGGAACAAACACUCAAAAAGGAGAGGGCCAACAGCACGAUUUGGUCUCAUUCCUCAGGGGCACUCAACUCUAGCUCCCCAGAAACAAGCCAUGUUUGUGACCAAAAGGUAAAUGUUUCUACUAAAAAUUCUUUGAGACUCAGACCUUCAAUGAGGAAUUGA